AAAAAAACAAAAAACAAAAAACAAAAUGUGUAUAUAUAGAUAUAUAUAGGCUUGGACUUUCAAGCCCAAGACACAAUGUUGGUCCAACGCAAAUCUGGGCGGACGAAAAUACCCUCCAUUAUAAAAUUAAAAUCCCUUCCGGUCAAACACGGUGGAUACUCGGUUUCAAAUACAAACGGGCAACAUUGCGCGCUUUCCCGCCUCGGACCUCAGUUAAUGGCAAUCGCUCCUAGAAGACUUGCGGCUGCAUUCCGCAACUCGCCACAUCUCCAAUGCGUCCGAAGCUUGUCUCCGUUGCGCUUUGGAAAUAGUUACAGUUCCUUCGUGCCUUCGGUUUCGUCUGAUCAGAGGACUCUGCUCCAACUGGUCAUCCGGAAUUCCGACAAUAGAGAGAGAACGAGAGGGAGUGAGAUGUAGCUGAGCUGAGCUGUUGAAGACAUACUAGUUAUUAAAAUUCUUUUCAUUAUUUAUCCUAG